UCAAGCUUCAGUAUCACUGCAAAAAUGCAACCGAGUAUUCUGUUUCUGCUGCUGGGCUGGCUAGCUGUUGUCAACUCUUUUGGUCUAGACCUGCGAUUUCUAAACCCCUUGAGGACCUCAGAUGAUAAAAAUGAGCAGGCGUUACCACCGGUGAUACCAAAUAUGUGCAAACCCACGGAACCCAGGACUUUAAUUAGGAAUGCCCGAGAGGCUCAGCUAAUGCGAAACGACUUUGUACCAUUUCCAACUCUGGCACCCACAAAUAAUCCAGGAAGUGAACUCAGCACUAGGCGAUUAGUUCCCUUUCCAACUUUGGCACCCACAACCACCUCAACGACCACAGAAACCAGCAGAAGCCCAGGCGAUAGACAGGAAGCUCCUUCAAAUGAUUGCGAUCCUCUUCCUUUAGGAAUUGCCACUCGAUUGUCAGGACAACUUUUGAAAAUUCUUACUAUAUUGGGCUAAAAAUAAAUACAAUUUAAACAAUUCCUUCGAAAUAUUAUAGUAAUGAAGAGAAACACGAACAAAAUAAAACAGAGCAUGGUAAAUACAACA